GCGGCCGAGGGGAGACGCUCGCUCGCCUCGGGGUGCGGAGGCUGAGCGCUGGAGCGGAGUGGAUCGACUGGCGGCCCCUUGGCGGAGGCACCCAUCCGGCUCUGGGUUCCUGGAGGCUCGCACGGUGAAAAAAAGACAGCUGCAGCUCCCUUGUGUGCGGCUCCCCUGGCUCUUCUGGCCUAAGACCCUGCCGCUCCCUCUACCUGGCAGCCUGUGUUCUGGGCCUCACCUAGACAGUCUGAGUAGGAACAAGCCAUCUCAUCCAUCACAGCCAUGAAUUUCCUCCGGCGACGCCUCUCCGACAGCAGCUUUGUGGCCAACCUACCUAACGGCUACAUGACAGACCUGCAGCGCCCAGACAGCUCCACCAGCUCCCCUGCUUCCCCGGCCAUGGAGAGGAGGCACCCCCAGCCCCUGGCAGCCUCCUUCUCCUCUCCAGGAUCCAGCCUUUUUAGCUCCUUUUCCAGUGCCAUGAAGCAGACCCCACAGGCCCCCUCUGGGCUCAUGGAACCUCCGGGUCCCUCCACGCCUGUUGUUCAAAGGCCCAGGAUCCUGUUGGUGAUCGAUGAUGCCCACACAGACUGGGCCAAGUACUUCCAUGGAAAGAAGGUGAAUGGAGAGAUUGAGAUCCGAGUGGAACAGGCUGAAUUCUCAGAAUUGAACCUAGCCGCCUAUGUUACCGGGGGCUGUAUGGUGGACAUGCAGGUCGUGAGAAAUGGGACCAAGGUUGUGAGAUCCUUCAAGCCAGACUUCAUCCUUGUCCGCCAGCAUGCCUACAGCAUGGCCCUGGGCGAAGACUACCGCAGCCUGGUCAUCGGCCUCCAGUACGGAGGGCUGCCUGCCGUCAACUCCCUCUACUCUGUCUACAACUUCUGCAGCAAGCCCUGGGUGUUCUCUCAACUUAUUAAGAUCUUCCAUUCCCUGGGUCCUGAGAAGUUCCCGCUUGUGGAGCAAACAUUUUUUCCCAACCAUAAGCCAAUGCUCACAGCCCCACACUUCCCCGUGGUGGUCAAGCUGGGACACGCCCAUGCCGGAAUGGGAAAGAUCAAAGUAGAAAACCAGCAUGACUACCUGGACAUCACCAGCAUGGUGGCUAUGGCCAAAACCUAUGCCACCACCGAGGCCUUCAUCGACUCCAAGUAUGACAUCCGCAUCCAGAAAAUUGGAUCCAACUACAAGGCUUACAUGAGAACCUCCAUCUCUGGAAACUGGAAAGCCAACACAGGUUCUGCCAUGCUGGAGCAGGUGGCCAUGACCGAGAGGUACAGGCUGUGGGUGGACAGCUGCUCAGAGAUGUUUGGGGGCCUGGACAUCUGUGCUGUCAAGGCUGUCCACAGCAAGGAUGGCAGAGAUUACAUCAUUGAGGUGAUGGACAGCUCAAUGCCCCUGAUUGGAGAACACGUGGAAGAAGACAAACAGCUGAUGGCCGACCUCGUCGUCUCCAAAAUGAGCCAACUCCUGAUGCCAGGGGGCACAGUGCCCUCGCCCCUGAGGCCUUGGGCUCCUCAGACUAAACCAGCAAAAUCCCCCGGGCAAGCCCAGCUGGGGCCUCCACUUGGACAGCCCCAGCCUCGGCCACCCACACAAGGGGGCCCUCGCCAAGCUCAGUCUCCUCAGCCCCCAAGAUCUGGAAGCCCCUCCCAGCAGAGGCUCUCCCCACAAGGCCAGCAACCCCUGAGCCCCUCAUCUGGAUCGCCACAGCAGCAGAGAUCACCAGGCUCUCCACAGCUAUCCCGAGCAUCUGGGGGCAGCUCUCCAAACCAGGCCUCCAAGCCAGGCACCACCCUUACCUCACAGUCCCGGCCCCCUGUGCAGGGCCGCAGCACCUCCCAGCAGGGUGAAGAGUCCAAGAAGCCAGCACCACCCCACCCCCAUCUCAACAAAUCCCAGUCCCUGACGAACAGCCUCAGCACAUCGGACACCACCCAGCGCGGGACCCCAAGUGAGGACGAGGCCAAGGCCGAAACCAUCCGCAACCUGAGGAAGUCUUUUGCCAGCCUGUUCUCUGACUAGCCCCGUCCAGUCUGGGAGCGGGGUGCUCGUUACACUCCCCGCCCUCCUGCUCCAUCACCCAUCUCAGCCUUGGUUCCCGACGGAACAGAAUGGAGGGCCUGAGAAUAUACUUCCAAUGCCUUUGAUCCAGGAACUGAGUAUCCACAUGUGUUCCACUCCCCUUUACAGUGACGUUCUGUCAUUGUCCAACUGAGCGCUGGGCCUUUGAGAGCCUCCAGGUUCUCCAAACAGGCCUUCAAGACGGGCGUCACCUCAACCUGCCCACCCAGAUGCUUGCUUCCCUGCCUCAGAUAACCAAGUGCACUGUCUGUGUGUGGCUAGUUUUGACAUUUCUUGUUAGUGUUUUGCUUGCCUUUGGGAAGGGCCCCUCUGAGCCUUGCCCCACCUCUAUCAAGUGCAGACUGUAGUCAGACCUCAGCAAUGUAGGAGGCAAUAAGCUUUUGACAGUGUUUUGCAAACAAAAGGAGAACAGCCCAGCCAGGGAAACCUACCAUCUACCCUGGCUAGUUCAUCCAGGCUCAAGAGACAGCCCCGCAGACCAGGCAGGCCAAGGUCCCAUCAUACCCACCACCAGUGGAUCCCGAGCACCAUGAAAAAAAUCCAGAUCCUGUGUGACACGUGAGGUCUUUCACAACACAACAGAAGCAGGGCAGACUUUGCAAUGCUGUCACGCCCAGGUGCUGUCCUAAAUGGGACAGCCAAGAGCAGACCACGGGUUCUCUUAGGAGUCAUUGCCAGUUCCCAGUGGGGGAAGAUGCCUUCACUUCCCAAGGAAGGAGUUAGAUUAGGGCUCCUCCACCCAGUCUGCAUUACACCGCUGUUUGGUCUCUCUGAAUUCCCACCAGGACUGUUGUUUCCUCUUCAAGGAUAUGCAAGGAACCAGAGGCAAGGAGCAGAUCGAUGACACAGGAUCAGAAAGUGCAAUGAAGUCACUUCCAGCUCGGCGUUACACAGACUGUGUACAACAAGGCAUUGGUAGGUUACUCAAUUACAGAACGGUCCCCCUGGUCAAACAUGUUUAGGAAACACUGUUUAUAUUUUAAAUUUUUUUAGAAGGAUAGUAGAUGUUACAGGCUCUGGGAAUUCCUGCAGUAAAGAAAUUAGCUUUAACUUUAACCCACACUUAUUUGACAAGUUAACCACAGAGCUGGAAAACGUAGGCCUGUCUCCCUUUCCAGUGUUCUUCUCCCUACAUCAGACGCCUCGUGAUCAGAUGGAGCACAGGGAUGUCCCAAACCACCACGCACCUGGUGCUAGAAACGUUGUAGGUGCCAGAACCAGCCUCCUGGUUCCAAAAAGAGCUGAGGAUAUUAGACAGCCACGCUAGCCCCUUCCAGCCCACUUUGCAACAUGAGGCAUGUCUUCCCCUCACUGUUGCCAGGGAAGAGAGAGAAGAAAGUAAAAAGGAGUGUCCUUGGCUUGGAGCUGCAUUCUGAGUAAAAGCAUGCGGGCAACUUGUGGGGCAGGGGGUAGCACCACAAAACCACGUGUUUUAGGAGAUUAAGAACGCAGGAAAUACAUGAGGCAAUUGUCACUUUUCUACACCGGAAAUUAAGAUCAGAAGAUGAACUCAAGCUGUCUCACCCCAUUCUCACUUAGUAAUAAAAUACAGCCCAAGACAAACAACAAAGUGGUGAUAGGCUAGACAAAAUUUCUCAAAGCGUGGGUCACCGCCACGGGCGUAGCCAGCUUCAUUUCACACCAAAGGAGCUAGACUUACUGGUCAUAGGCCCAGAAGCUGUGUCUUUGUCAGUCUCCUAAGUGUUCUGAACGCGUGUUGAAGUUAGAAAACCGCUAACGAGAAAUGCAUGGGAUUGCGGCUACGCGAGAAAUGGUGCUGGUGGAUCGUUACAGCCGGCACCCUCUCCUUUGCUGAGCAACACUAGUGGCUCCAAAAACAGUGAUUACAUGGCUUAAAUGUUCCCACUUUCCUGUAUUCUGUCCCUUGUCCCUAAAAGCAUCCCAACAUUCAAACCCUAUUUCCCAGAUAUCCCAGUACAGUCACACAGGAUCCUUUAUCAGGCCAGGCACCUCGGUUUUUAUAACCAUGUGCAGGUGAUCCAUGACAUAAGAAUGAGUUUUAGAAUCAACACAUUGAAAUAAAUCUUCUGGUUGGUGUGUGCAUGAAUGUAGAGACCACUGAGCCCCAGAUGGAUGGUUUCCUCACACGGGCACAUGUUCCCCCAAACACUCAACCUUUAAUCAUUGGGGCAUUUUUUAAAUGAGAAAGGACAAAACGAAGGCAGGCGGGAGUUACACUGUAGAGAUUCGGAAAGGUUGUGUUUGUUAUUUUUUGCUUUGUUUCACAACUUGGACCCAAAGAAAAGCUAGCAUUUUCCCUCCAAGCUGACUCGAUGAGGCUGAAACAUGACAAAGAUUCGUUUGGUUUGUGCUGACAUGCAGCACAACGAACAGGGAGUUUAAAAUGCGGCCUCAGUGGACUCCUCCACCAGCCGCAGAAAAGAUCUUCUUCCAGACCUUCCUCCUGUCAGCGUGAUAAAAGGCACUGUCGUUUGAUGAAAUGCCGAGUCAGCUUUCGAGGGGCACUGGGACGUCCGUAUUCUUUCUCUUCCAUGAAUCCCCUGUGUCCUCUUCGUCGUCACCACACCGCCCCCUGGCCCAGUCCCUGCUGAGGGGGCAGUCAGGUCUACCUUUCCAGAACUACGGGGGUGAUGGGCCUUCACUCCCCUGGUAACAAAUACAGUAGCAAGUCCCAUGAGCCUGAAUAUCAGCUACUUUCUGGAAGUUCUCAUCUGAAUCUGCUGUGAAAGGAGCUCAGGGGAAAGAUAGCUGGUGCAGGCAUCUCGUGAACAAGCUCUGUGGGCACAGCAUUGUUCAGCGCCCGGCAGGUGCCUAGGAUGUGUAUUAGGUUGGCAACUAUGAAAUAAAUAAAAUGCAAAUGAAGAGUGAAGAAAAA